UCUGCAUGUGUGCAAACUCUGCGUGUGUGAAUCAUGCUGAGUGAAUCAGUCCAUCCAGUAAAACCAACACCGCGAACAGCAGCGGAGUUUCAGCACUGAGAGGAUUUUAAAGAGUGAAGGGAACAGAGGAGAGGCUGCAGGCGGCUGGAGGACAUUUCUGCUGGAUAUUCAUGGAAUAGAAGUUCCUCCAGCGUUCCUCCACCAUUUCCAUCAUCAUGUCGAUCAAAUCGGAAAAAGUCCAGAAGAAAUGGGCGGCAGUGAAAGGUCGCCUGGGGUCAUCUCAGGAGUCGGACGGUCCCCAGGAGGCGAACCUGGAGAACGCAGACGCCGAGCUGUGCAUCCGUCUGCUGCAGGUGCCCACCGUGGUGAAUUACUCCGGGCUGAAGAAGCGGCUGGAGGGCAGCGAUCAGACGUGGAUGGUGCAGUUUCUGGAGCUCUCAGGGCUGGACCUUCUCCUGGAGGCCCUGGACAGGCUCUCAGGACGCGGGUGCUCUCGGAUCGCCGAUGCCCUGCUGCAGUUAACCUGUGUGAACUGUGUGAGAGCGGUCAUGAACUCCUCUGCUGGGAUUCACUUCAUCGUGGAGAAUGAGGGAUACGUGCGCAAGCUUUCACAAGCUCUGGACACCUCAAACACCAUGGUGAAGAAGCAGGUGUUUGAGCUGCUGGCUGCUCUCAGCAUGUUCAACACAGAGGGACACAGACUGGCCCUGGAUGCUCUGGACCAUUAUAAGGCUGUGAAGACUCAGCAGUAUCGCUUCAGUGUGAUCAUGAAUGAGCUGGAAAGCACAGAUAACGUCCCCUACAUGGUGACCCUCCUCAGUGUGAUCAACGCCCUCCUCUUCAGCACUGAUGACCUCCGGGAAAGAGACAAAAUGCGCAAGGAGUUCAUCGGUUUGCAGCUGCUUGAUGUUCUGCCAAAGCUGAGGGAGCAGGAGGAUGAAGACUUGAUCAUCCAGUGCGAGGCUUUUGAGGAGGCCAUGGCAGAAGAUGAGGAGGAGCUGCUCAGGCUUUAUGGAGGAAUUGACAUGAGCAACCACCAGGAGGUCUUCUUCACACUCUUCAGUAAAGUGAGCAGCUCCCCCGCCUCGCUGCAGCUGCUCUCCAUUCUGCAGACGCUGCUUCUGCUCGGACCUGAGCGUGCUGAUAUCUGGCAGGCGUUGGAGGCUCUCACUAACCGUGCUGUAAUGCUGGCCCAGAACUCUCAAAUGGAAUCCAGUGAGAAGAUCAUGCAGCGUCUCGUCUUCACCAAAGAGCCAGGAGCCAAGAUCUCCCACUACAUAGACGGACCUGCGCUGAAGAAAACAGAUAAAGCGGUUCAGACUGAGCUGAUCGACGAGGCUAAAAACACCUUAAACAAAAUGCUAAUGAAAAACCAAUCACCACCUAUCAGCUCCAAACAACCAGCAACGCCUCCUCCACCACCACCUCCGCCUCCUCCACCACUGCCCGGCAUGGCUGCUCCUCCGGUCUCGACACUUCACGCACCCCCACCACCACCUCCAUUACCUGGAAUGGUUCCUGGAGGUCCACCACUCCCACCACCUCCACCUCCGUUACCAGGUAUGCCAGGUACUCCCAUGCCUCCUCCACCUCCACCUUUGCCAGGAAUGGGAGGACCACCUCCACCUCCACCUUUACCAGGAAUGAGCCCAGGAGGACCUCCACCACCCCCUCCUCUGCCCGGCAUGCCUGGUCCUCCUCCCCCUCCUCCAUGUCCAGGAAUGGGGGAUGUAAUAGUAGCCCACAAUGUUCAGUGUCUGGGCAGGGCCUACUCUGCGCCGGUGAAGUCCGGUCCCUAUCCUACACUCAGGAUGAAGAAGCUCAACUGGCAGAAGCUGAACUCCAGAGCCGUCACUGACGGACGCUGUAUUUGGGCCUCAGUACAGACUGAUCAGGUCCUGGAGCCCAACUACAACAGCAUCGAGCAGCUCUUCAGUCUGCCAGUAGCUGAGCCUAAAGACAAAAACCCUGUUGCUCCUGUCAAGAAGGAACCCAAAGAGAUAUCCUUUAUUGACCCCAAGAAGAACCUGAAUCUGAAUAUCUACCUGAAGCAGUUUAAAUGCUCUAAUGAAGAUUUCGUGGCCAUGAUUCAGAAAGGAGAUCGGUCCAAGUUUGAUGUUGAGGUGCUGAAGCAGCUUCUGAAGCUCCUGCCAGAGAAACAUGAGAUCGACAACUUAAACUCCUUCCAAGGAGACCAAGACAAGCUGGCCAACGUUGAUCGCUUUUAUAUCUUACUCCUCGCUGUUCCCCGCUACCAGCUGAGGAUCGAGUGUAUGCUGCUGUGUGAGGAGACCGUGUCUGUGCUGGAGAUUCUGAAGCCUAAAGCGGAGCUGGUGGAGGCGGCGUGCGAGAGUCUCAGAGCGAGCACUCUACUGCCAAGCUUCUGCAAGCUCAUCCUUCACGUCGGAAACUUCCUCAACUAUGGAAGCCAUACAGGAAAUGCUGAAGGAUUUAAGAUAAGCUCACUGCUGAAGCUGACCGAGACCAAGUCCAACAAGGGACGCAUCACACUCCUACACCACAUCCUCGAGGAAGCAGAGCUGAACCACCCUGAGCUGCUGAUUCUACCUGAUGAGAUUGAGAGCUGUGAAAAAGCAGCAGGGAUAAACCUGGAAUCUGUUCAGGCAGAAGCCAGUGGGCUGUGCAAGCGUUUAAAGGACGCAGAGAAAAAAGUCACGUCAUCAGUUCCAGAUGUUAAAGAGCAGUUUCUGAGUGUUAUUGAGGAAAACUUUCAGGCUUGUAAAGCGUUGGAGGAUCGUUUUCUUGAUAUAGAGCGGAAGAAGGGGGACCUGGCUGAGUACCUGUGUGAGGACGCAGCUCAGCUUUCACUAGAGGAGCUCUUCAGUACCAUCAAGACAUUCAGAGGGCUUUUCAUUAAAGCUUUAAAGGAGAAUAAGGUGCGUAAAGAACAGGCUGCUAAAGCAGAGAAGAGGAAGCAGCAGCUGGCGGAGGAAGAAUCCAAGAGGCAGAAAGGAGAGAAUGGAAAGAUCAUAAAAAGAGGGGCGUUACCUCAGGAGGACGGCUGCAUCAUCGAUCACUUGCUGGCGGACAUCAGAAAGGGCUUCACCCUCAGAAAGACCCGGCCCAGGUGCGAAACGGAAAGUCCUCCCUCUAGUGAAACACGUAGGAAUACCGGGCAGCCUGCAGUAAGUGCAGUAAGCAGAUCUGCCGAAGAAAAAGUCACAUCAUCUGCUGCCCAGGACCUCCUUCCACCUCCACCUCAACCUUCUCAUCCAGCUCAUCAGGUAAAGGAGAAGGUCGUCGAAGGGCCAGUAAGCGUUUCCUCCACCAGCCCCCGAGAAGAAGCAACCUCAGUUAGUGAAGUCCAGCUCCAGCCUCAGGGAAAAGUGGAAGAGUCUGCUGAGAAAACCCAAUCCAACCAGACAGAACUUCUACAGGAGCUUUCAGCACAGCUUUCUCCAGCUCAGGGCCAAACUGAUGAUAUAACAGACCCACAGCCAGUCCCUACUGAAACCAUUACUGAAGACAACUCUUUAUCAGACACUCCAACGACCCAGGAGGUCUUUGAAGACCUCCCUCAAAAAAUGUGUGAGGAGCCUGAGCCUGAAAUCAGCCCAGCCACAGGAACAGCUACAGAAGAUACAGCUGUUCCAGAGCAAAAUCACAAUGGUAACAACAGCCAACUUAAAUACGACAACGCUUCUCCUGAUCCAUCGCUGACGAACGCCAAGAACCUGGAUUCUGGCAUCAGUAUCGACUCGAACGGAACCGGAGAGCUGGAAGAGGAGGCUGUAAGUGAAACAGUUCCAAAAAAACUAAAUAAUGACGAAAGUCAAAGACUUUCAAGCAUCAGCCAAGCAGAUACUAACGAAAACAAAGAAGCUUCUCCUGGUAGUAAUGGAAAGCAGCAGGGCUUCGACGUACCUGAAGGAGCGCAGGCUAGCCCCGCCCCCUUCAGUCCUCCUAGCGCUCAGCCCAAACAGCACAAACUCCUCAGAGGGAAAAAGAAAAGCAGUACCGAAGCCGGGGGUAACAGCGGAGAGCACAGUAAGCCUAAGCAUGGCUGUGUGUUGCAGUAAGGAAGGCCUAGGAAACGGAAAGCGAGAGGGAAGAGAUGAAGCUUUGCUCCUGAGACUCUAUAAUCAUAUAGGCUUAUUUGUGAUUAGCUUUUUCAGCUCCCUUUAAAUGUUUGCACAUGGCACUCUGAACAAAGACUGAGCUUUUUGCACCCGCCGAUGAGCCGCCAAUGAGCCGCCGAUGGACCAAGUGAUCGAAAAUUCAAGAGAUUUGUAUAUGGAGUUAGAAAUGAAAAGCUUAUUUUUUUUAUAAAUGUUUAAAAUUGUUUAAAGAUGUUGAAAACUUGCUAACUUCUUUAGAAUUGACCAAUAUGACCAAAUAGUGCUUUCUGAAACAAAACCCAAUUGUUCAUGGUAUUAUGAUUGCAGUUCUACACCAAAUGUUUGUUUACAUAUCUCAUAGACAUAUUCUAUAAAUAUAUGAGAGAAAUGUAUUAAUUAAUUAUGGACAUUUUUUGUCUUUGUAUUUUAUUAUGAGUUGAUCAGUAUGACUGUAUGAUAUGUGCUGGAGGUUCAGAGAAACAGUAAUAAGAAUAGAAUACAACACUUUAUUAUCAUCAGUAUGGUAUUAUUAUUAUUAUUAUUAUUAAUAUAGAAUAAUGCUGGUUUUGAUAUAAUGUGCCAUGUCUCGGCUCAGAAUUUGGGCUUUAAAACACUCUAUGGUACUUCUUAUAGACAGGAACUUUCAGGAAUAUGUCUUUGUAUUUGAUUGCAAUAUAAAUCAUAAAGAGCCAAGAAUCUCAUAAACUUUCUCAUAAAGUUGCACAGACUGAAUAUAAAAUAUAGAAUAUAUUGAGUUGACCUUAAAUGCCCCUUAAAUAUACUGAACUGUCUGGAAACUGGUGCCAUAGAAUUUGUCUGUAUUGUCAGUAAUGUAAACGUGCUAUUUAUGAUAUUUACAGUAUAUAUAUAUUUACAGUAGUGUAUGAUGUGAGUUAAAGAAAAAAAUAUUUUAGCUUAAAGGAUCCAAAGUGCUUCAUGAAAUAAAGACACCGGUUGAUUGUAAAAGUUAAAUAAAGUGUAUUUUUUGUGUGA